UAUUCCAUGUAGACACCUUUUGAAAUCGAUGACAUAUAGCGGCACGAGCAAAGUUUUCUUACAGUCCGUUUUCGAUCGUCGAACCAAGUGGAACAUUCUUAUCAAAUCGGAAUACUUAUAAAUAUAAUGUUGACCGCCUUAUCAACAUUUUUAACAUAUUUAGGUUUAUACUCAUUCAUUUGUUUUCUAUAUGAGCACUUGAGAACACCUAUCCGAUUGCUCAAGUUACGUUUGGUCAACGAUCCCAAGCAAAGGUUAAGUUUGAAGGAGCGAUAUGGGUCCUGGGCAGCAAUAACUGGCAGCAGCGAUGGUAUUGGCAAGGAGUACGCCAAGGAGCUGGCCCGGCAGGGUAUCAAUGUGGUGCUGAUAGCCAGGAAUGAGGAGAAACUCAAGGCAGUUGCUGAAGAAAUCGCUUCAGAGUGCACAGUGGAGACAAAAAUUGUGAUUGCGGAUUUCACACAAGGUGCUCAAGUUUAUGAUCAUAUUGAGCGCGAACUGGCCGAUCUACCAAUUGCUAUACUAGUCAACAAUGUGGGCAUGGGCUUGCCGGUAGGCCUGAACAAAGUCAGCAAGGAGCAAGCGCAGCAGCUGCUCGACACAAAUGUGAUGGCCGUUUCGCAGCUCUCGCGCUACUUCUUCCAACGGCUGCGUGCGUCCAAGGUCAAGGGUGCCAUUGUGAACGUUAGCUCCGGAACGGAACUUCAACCUGUGCCAUAUGCGUCGCUGUAUGCCGCAUCGAAGGCUUACACGCGCAGUUUCACACUGGCACUGCAGUGGGAGGCGGCUCCGUUUGGCAUCCAUGUGCAGCUGCUGUCGCCCAAUUUUGUUGUGACCAAGAUUAACAACUAUUCCAAGAUCAUUAUGCGGGGGGGACUCUUUAUACCCACAGCAAAGGCUUAUGCCCGCAGCGCCGUUGCACAGCUGAGGGAUGGUGCGGAUGAAACUCCGGGAUAUAGCUGGCAUCAUUUACAAAAUGCUGGUAUAAGUAUUUUUCCUUGGCGAUUACGUCUAAAUAUAGUGCAAUUAUUCUUUACACGAAUUUCGGACAAGAAAAAAUUAUAAACAUUGCAUACUUUUAA